AUGAGCCAGCUCUGCAUUGCCAUGGAAAAUUUGAACAGAGCUCGCCAGAUUGCCUAUCCAUCCACACCAGAACACAAUGUGUCGCCUUGGGAUAGCGAUUCUUUUGAGCACAUGCUGCAGAGUUCUCCCACCAUGAGUCAUCAGCGUGGGGCCAUCCACCAGGAUGCCUUAAAUUCGCUCAAUCCUCUUCUACUUAAUCCCUGGAGUACGGAUGCCCCGACAUUUCAGGCCACAAUGGGAGUCCCUCGAAUGAACGAGAACCGUAAGAAGAGCGCGAAACACUACAACCGAUAUAAGAAAAGAAAGAAUCUAGCUCAGUGUUCUAUCACGGGCAUAUGGGGAGAUUGCAACAAGGUAAUUGGGGCUCAUCUCCUCCCUGUUGGGACAACAACUACAAAUGUUCAGAUCGUACUCAACAUGGUGGGCAAGCUCAAUGACCCCAGGAAUGUGAUUCCUAUGUUGGAAACGAUUGAAAAUGCGUACGACCAGCUAAGACUCUGUAUUGUCUUGCACGAUCUGGAUGGAGGUGGCAAUAAAGUCACACUUCGGAUUCUUGACUCGGCUUUGAAGGAUGAAAUUGUUGACAGCACUAUGACUUUUGGAGCCCUUGCAGGAAAUCCCUUUGACCUUCCAGAACGAGGCGAAAACAAUGAAGGCCCCCUUCAAGCGAUGUCUGUCCUUCCAUGCACAGACAGCAUAUGCCGAAGCCAAAAGAAGGAACUGGCACCUCUUGAAAGAGGGCUGGAAUGGAAUCGGACCAAACCCUACCCAAUACGGUUCACCACUGGACACAAACAAGAUUACUUUCCUGAAGAUGGCUUCCUCCACUUUUGA